UCGCCAUUUGGGGCAAAAACGCUUUCUUUUCUCUCACACACGCCCCUUUAUCUUCUCCCCAAUCUAAUUUUGGCAACCCAUCUCUUUCCCAAGGACCCUCAGAACGGCUAGAGAGGGAAAGAGCACUCUUUUAGAGAGAGAGAGAGAGACCGAGACAGAGAAAACCCAGAAAGACUUUGAAUUGGAAUUUAAGUUUUUCGGCUGUGGUUGGUUGGUUGGUUGGUUCCUUUUGUGGGUUUUGAGCAUUUGGGUAGUUUGGGUUUGGGGUUUUGAGAGAUGGGUAGGGGGAAGAUUGAGAUCAAGAGGAUUGAGAAUGCUAAUAGCAGACAAGUCACAUUCUCAAAGAGACGUGCUGGGUUGCUCAAAAAGGCUCAAGAAUUGGCUAUUCUUUGUGAUGCUGAGGUUGCUGUUAUCAUCUUCUCUAAUACUGGAAAGCUUUUUGAGUUUUCCAGUGCUGGUAUGAAGCGAACUCUUUCAAGGUAUAACAAGUGCUUAGAUUCUUCAGAGGAUGCAGCAGAAGAAUGCAAGGCAGAGAAGCAAGACUCCAAGGAGCUGGAUGUUCUAAAGGAUGAAUUUGCAAUGCUACAAAAGAAACAAGUAAGGCUAUUGGGUAAGGACUUGACUGGUUUGAGCUUGAAAGAAUUGCAGCAACUAGAACAGCAAUUAAAUGAAGGAUUAUUGUCAGUGAAGGAAAGGAAGGAGCAAUUACUAGUGGAGCAACUAGAGCAAUCAAGAGUACAGGAACAGCGUGCUAUACUUGAGAAUGAAACGUUGCGCAGACAGGUUGAGGAGCUUCGGUGUUUAUUUCCACAAACUGACCGUGCUGUCCCAUCUUAUCUGGAAUAUUAUCCUGUGGAAAAAGAGAAAUCCCUUGUAAACCAUGGUGUCACAAGCCCAGAUUUGGUCAGCAAUUUUGCAUUUGAGAAUGGAGAUUCUGACAUCACCUUGCAUUUAGGGCUGCCAAGUGAUGUUUAUGGCAAGAGGAAGGCUCCAGAAAGAGAAGCAAACUCCAAUGACUCAGGGAGCCAAUUAGCACUGUAAUUGUUUCUGAGGUUCUCUUCGCCAUAGAAUCAACAGAUGCUAGAGAUGAAUUUCAUACAGUUGAGAGUGUAGCUUAUUAGCUUUCGUCGAAAGGUCAGUAACUUGUAAAAGAGAAGGUAGAAUCCGUAGGUGACCCGAAAAUCAUCAAUGUGGAGACAUAGAAGUUCCUUUCUUGGGAAGUUUGGCUUAUGGAGAGGACGCUGCUCUAGUUAGUUAUACUAGUUUCCUUUGUAAUUUGCUUUGAGGCCAGAAUUUUUUUUUUAAAUAAUGAAAAUGUAAUCUCCUUUGGAUAUUUGCAAAUUGUAGCUCUCCUUGGACCGAUUUUAGAGUACCUAGAGUACUAUUGGAAGUUCGUUAAAUCUCAGCCAUUGUUUUGAAA